UGAUGGUAUACCCUCGUAUCGUCGCGUUAAAUUACCAAUUAAUAUGUCUGGAUAAUAACGGCUCGAGCGUAUUUAAUCGUAAUUCCGCAUUAGAGGUGACCUUGAUUGGAUGUAAUAAAUUAUUUUCAGUCAUGAACGCUCUAAAUUCGCUCGGUGCUCCGCGGAUUUUCGUUCGGGAUAGGGUCAUGCACCUUUCGUUAUAAAAAUGGAUAAUUCGACCAGCGAAGACAGUUCGUCGGAUUACAGCACAGAAAGCUCGGACGACGAUGGCAUGGAAGUGGCGCAAAUCGGCAACGUCAGGCUCCAAUUGCCCCAAGGCCUGUGCGAACGACAGGACAUAUUCAGGGAAAUACUAUCGACCGAAACGUGGAAUUCCCUAUCCGAGGACAACAGACAACACCUGCAAACCUUCCUGCCCAAUUUCCCCGAAGACGACGAACUGGAGAAGACCAAAACCCUGCAACGACUCUUCGAUUUCGACGUGUUCAAAUUCACGAGCCCCCUGGUGAAGUUCCACGACGACCUCAAAGCCGGCUACUUCCGGCCCGACAUAGCUCGCAUGCGCAAGAUCAUCCGCAAAGCCGAACGAAACGAGGCCAAGUACCGCUACAAGUUGUACCGCAAGCAACUCAAAGACGAAAUAGUCGAAUCCCAACGCGAGCUGCUCGCCCAAGCCAGGCACCUGCCGCCCGGCGUCGAGCCCAAGCGACCGAAACGCCACACGAAAGUCGACUACGUCUGCUCGCGCACCAAACGCCGCUACUUCCAGACCCUCCAAGCCGUCAAGUCGAAGGCCGACGACGCGGGAUGCUCGUCGGACGAGAACUACCCGGAGGGCCCGCCCGGGUCGUUGUCGCGCAAACAGAAGCGCCACCUCAGCGGCAUCCGCAGCAGCCUGAGCAACGCCGACGAGCCGUUCUACAGUUCGACGAUGGUGGGCAAGGCGCACGCCUUUCCGUUGGACCUCGAGAAGUACAUCACGCCCGGCCACAAUCCGUUCUACGUCAACGACGACUCCUACAGGGGCUUGAUGCGCGAGCACAAGCGCCGGAAACUCGAGCGCGACGAGCCCGAAUUGAACACCAAGGGGGUCACUAUUGCGGACGUGGUGCGUCGCACGCGGUUGCCCUACAGCAAAACGACCAAGCAUCGAGCGGAAUCGAAGUCGAUCGGCAAGAAGAAGGCCAAACGGAAACAGUCCGAGCACGUGUUCAACCACAAGAUCUCUCGCAGUUCCAACUCCGACUCCGAUUCGGACGCCUUGGAGAACCCGUCGAGGAGCAAGAAACCCAAUCGGAACGUGAAAAUUAAGAAGGAACCGAACGCGACCGUCCCGGCUCCGAGUCCCGUUUACCAACCGAUCAACAGUAUUAGCCAAUAUGGAAAGAUUACGCCCGCUUGCGUAGAAGAUCUCGACGGUAUCGACGUGAUGAACAUCCCGAUAGAUCUCGACAACUCCGACAUCGACAUAUUGGAAUUGAGCAACAAACCGGAGCUCAUGCAAGACACCCAUUCGAAUUUCUUUUCGCUCGUACGGGACGUCGUGUGCUCCACUUGCGAUCACCGAAUGAGCAUGUACACUUUACAAGAACGGAUAAAAACGUGGCAAGAGAACCCGAUAAGUCCGUUGAACGAUUGGUACAGCUUCGCCGACAAUUGGAUCGACGUAUUACCGUCGGCCAUAACGUUUUUGUGCGGCAACGCCUCGGACCAACCCGAAGAUUUCGUACCGUACGUGGAGUACAAAACGAACUUGGACGUUUACCAAUGGAUAGGCGCCGGUAGGGACUCCGACGCCCUGUUGAACGGCCUGUGCGCCUUCUGGCUCGAGCACAAAACCGAAACGAAAGAGGCCGCCGCCGGUCGGGAGGAAAUCGACGUGGAUAUAACGGAUCGAUCGAGCAGCCCGCCGCCUCCGAGGUACCCGACUACUUGGACCGUUCGAAAGGCGACCGGCGAUGAGAUUAAAGAGUUUAGAGAACAGGAGAGGAAGAGGUACGAUAAUCCCCACAAGGCUUUUACCUAUCGGCACAACGGCUACGAAUCGGUGGUGGGGCCCAUCAAGGGCAUCUACAAUCCGGCGGUGGGGAGCAGCAAAGCGCGCGGUCACACGAUGCUGUCGGCCGACAGGCCGAAUUUCGUUACUAUUUUAUCGUUAGUGAGGGACGCCGCCGCCCGGUUGCCCAACGGCGAAGGCACCAGGGCGGAGAUAUGCGAAUUGCUCAAAUCCUCGCAGUACAUAUCGAGCACCGCCCCCGACAACGUGCUGCAAUCGGUGGUGUCGGGCGCUUUGGACAGGAUGCAUACACAAUGGGAUCCUUGCGUUAAGUACGACGCCAAAAAGAAGAUUUGGAUCUAUUUGCAUAGAAAUCGAAGCGAGGAGGAUUUCGAACGGAUACACCAACAAUACCAAGGAAUUAAUAAAACGAAGAAAACCCCGGCGAAGAAAUCCACGGCGAAACAACCCAAGCAGAAACAAUCGCCUGAUAAAUCGAAAACGGGCAAAACCGAAUCGCCGCCGCCGCCGCCGCCUCCGUUGCACGAAACCGGGCCCGUCAAAGCGGCGCGUCGGUCGAGCGUCGCCGCCGCGGUCCAACCGCCGCCUCCGCCGUCCGUCAAGCAACCGCCGCCGGCGCAAAAUCCGGCGGUGACGGUGCAAAGCACUCAAGCGGCGCCGCUCCCCGGACUCGUGACCGUCGCCGCCCCGCCGAAAGGGACCAGUCUGCUGUUGAGCAACAACCCGCCCAAGCAGCAGCAGCAGGAGACGACGGCGGGCGUCGUCGUCGGCGCGCCGGUUAUGUCGAACGAGCCGCCUCCGCUGGCCGCCGCCUCGUCCAACGCUCCUUCGAAGCAGGCGAAAGACGCCGCCGCCGAGGUUCUGAUGGGGAAGGGUUUGGGGAUGGUGCAAGCUGGUCGAGUGUCGAGUCCUACGCUGAAAAACGCCAAAGGUCUGGUUAAAAUCCUGUCGCCGUCUCAAGGCAAAUCGUUGAUCAUACCGACGACGAACGCGCAGUUCCUGAAGCACUUGCAGGAGCAAUCGGGCUCGCCCAAGCAAGCUGUAACGCAGCAAUUGCUCCAAACGCUCGCUCAGCAGAAGCAGAUUUUGGUGCAAAAGCACCAACAGCAGCAGCUCGAAGCGAGCGAACAACAACAGGAGAAACCCAAAGCGAAAACGCCGGCGGGCAAUAGCGUGCUGCAACAGCAAAUCCUCCAAUUGCAGAACAUCAAAAACGUGACGUUGUUGAGGACGUCGCCGACCGCCGGCGGCGAUUCGGGCGCCGAUCAACAGGCCAAUAUCGUUACGGUGGCCGUUUCCAAGCAGGCCGAGGCCGGCGUGCAGAUCAAGACGCAGGGCAAUCUGACGCAGGCCCAACAGCAACAGAUCCUGCAGACGAUCAAGCAGAAAAUCCUGCCGAACGCCGGCCUGUUGGCCAAUCCGCAGCAGAUCGUUCUGAAGCAGAAAGGCGGCGUGAUUAACGUGCAGAAAUCGACCGUCGGCGGCGGUUCGCAGGUCGUGGGGCAGCAGAAAAUUAACGCCGAUGUGGUGAAAUCGGUGACUUCCUCUCAAGGACCCGUGGUAGCUAAAGUUCUAACGAACGCUGCCGGUCAAGUGAUAUCCGUGGAAAGUUUGCUUCCGCAGCAAAAACAGGCCAGCGUUUUGUCGCAAGGCGCCACGCUCCGUUUGGCCACCUCCAAAACCGGCCAACAGAAUCUCAUCCACCUCUCGACGGCCGCCAAAUCGGCCGCCAUAGCGCAGCUCACCGUCGGCUCGCCGAACAACAUCCUCACACUCACCACGCAACCGAAGCUGGUGGUGCCGUCCCAACAACCCGCCACCGCCGCCUCCGUCGCCGGUCGCUCCUUCGGCAAGGCGCCGGGCGUGGCGAAAAUCAACGCGAAGGGCGGCGUCGUCGGCGGCGCGCAGCAAUUCGAAUUGCUCAACGCCAAAGUGGUGCAACGCGUCGACCAGAAGCUGGUCAUCGGACAGCCGAAGGCCGGCCAGACGAAGCUGCAGCUUCAGUUGCCGGCCGCCCAGGGCGGUAAAACCGCCGCUAACGGUUCGCCGCAAACCGCCAAAGGGGGCGGCGCGAACGCCGUGCGCAUGGCCAAUUUGAAUCUGAGCGGAUUGGGGUGUAAACCCGUGCUGUUGGCGAGCGGUAAGGCCGGCGGCGGUUCCAUUCAGAACCUGCAAGGCCAGAAUGUGAUAUUGCAAACGCAAGGCGGCUCGUCGACCGCCUCUUUGGUGUUGCAAAACGCCAACGUUAAAACGGCGGGUAGUAACAAUGUAGCGCAACCGACCGGAGCGAAUAGCAUCAACAUUAUCAAUCAAUCGAAUAUAGUUUUUAGUCCUCAGGUGAAAGUCCAAUCGGGUCAGCAGCAGGUGGUGUUCACGACGAAGGGCGGCCAGUCGCAGGGCCAGUCGAUCUCGCAGGGGCAGAUCGUGAUCGGUGGCCAUCCCGUUCGGUUGCACACGAGCAACGCGACGAACACGCAACGCGUGGUGCUCGCCUCGCAGGGACAGGGCGGACAGAUUGUCGCCCAACAGAUACUGUUGCCCGCCGGCUUCCAAGGCACUGCCAUUAAUAUUAAGGCCCUGCAGGGCGUCAAAGUGAUACCGAUCGCCCAAGCGGCCGGUCAACAAAACAAAGGAAUACAAAGCAGGCACGUGUUGGCUCACGUGGUGAAUUCGAGCGCGGCGAGGACGGCGACGAAUCAAAGCAGUCCUGCUGCCGCAUCGGGCGAUAAAAGCGUACCGUCGCAGGAGGGAGAGUGAUGGGGGCAUCGGAUCGAUAAUUCAAUUGUGUAUAUAACGUUGUUAAUUAAAUUAUUCUAAUUAUAAUUUAGUGAAGAAAAUGAUUAGUUAGACGCGACGAUGGACGUUCGCUAUAUGGCGGAAUAGAAAUUUCGAUAAAAAGAAAAUGUACAUAAGGGUGAAUUCGAGGCGCGCGCGUGUAUAUAUUAUUCGAUAUUCGACUUUUUUUAUUGCAAUUGUGUUAUUUAUAUUACGUAUUGUCGAUUGACGAAGGAACUUUUUGUAUAAAAGGAAUUUUCGAAUAACAGUAGUUUUGUAUAUUUAAAAUGCGAAUUUAUUUUUAUCGACUAUUAGAAAUAUUUUGAUUCAAAAAUUAAUUAGUUAGUUCUUCU